AUGACUCCCAGCGCUCCCCCAAUUCUUGAUUUCUCCCCCUUCUACGGAGGCGACAGCGAGGCCAAGGCCCAGCUGGUUGAGGCCGUCCGCAACUGCUGCCUCUACAAUGGCUUCUUCCAGAUCACCGGUCAUCGCGUGCCACUCGACCUACAGCGUCGCGUUAUGCGCUGUGCCGAGCGAUUAUUCGACCUCCCGCUAGAAGAGAAGCUCAAGAUCGAUAAGAACAACAACAGUUUCAACCGCGGCUAUGAACUCCUCCGCUCGCAGAUGCUCGAAGUAGGCACCGGCCCCGAACUCAAAGAAGGCUUGUACAUCGGCCAGGAAAUCCCCGAAGAUCAUCCCUACUACAUUCAGAAGAAGCUCAACAGCGGUCCGAACCAGUGGCCACCGACCGUGCCCGAUAAGGAAGAUUUCCAACGCACAUCGAUGGAAUACUACAAUGCGGUAUUUGACUUGGCCAAGGACGUACUGUCUCUUCUGGCUUUGACUUUGGAUGUAAAUGAGGAUUACUUCGACCCACUCACCGACGGUGCAGUCGCAACCAUGCGCAUGCUGCAUUACCCUGCGCAACCUAAGGAUGCAGAUGAGAAGCUAAACCGAGGUAUUGGCGCACAUACCGAUUUCGGAUGCAUCACGCUGCUUCUGCAGGAUGAGGUGGAUGGAUUGCAGGUUCUGGAUGCACCUACUGGCCAGUGGCUUGAUGUUCAACCAGUUCCUGGUGCCUACGUUGUCAAUCUCGGCAACCUGUUCAUGCGCAUGGCCAACGACCGGUACAAAUCCAACAUUCACCGCGUCAUCAACAAGUCUGGCCGCGAGCGAUACUCGAUUCCGUUCUUCUUCAGUGGAAACCCUGAUUACCUGUGCGAGUGUCUGCCCAACUGCCGCGCGGAGGGAGAGGCACCAAAGUAUCCACCUAUCACCGUUGAGGACAUGGUGACGGCUUCGUAUAAGGAGAGCUACGGACGGGCGGAGCAGUAUAAAAAGGAGAUGGAGGAGAAGGCGAAGCUGAAGAUGGAGACGACGCCGGCUACAGCAGCGGUGGGUGCCUGA